AUGGCCCCAAAGAAAGCCAAGAAGACUGCCGACAGCAUCAACUCGCGCCUGGCGCUUGUGAUGAAGUCUGGCAAAGUCACUCUCGGCUACAAGUCAACCCUCAAGACCCUUCGCUCUGGCAAGGCCAAGCUGGUCAUCAUCGCUGGCAACACCCCUCCUCUUCGCAAGAGCGAACUCGAGUACUAUUCCAUGCUCUCCAAGACCAAUGUCCAUCAUUUUGCCGGAAACAACAUUGAAUUGGGCACUGCUUGUGGUAAACUCUACCGCUGCUCAACCAUGGCCGUACUCGAUGCUGGAGACUCGGAUAUCCUUGGCGCCAGCACCUCGUAG